UCGCUGGGGUGCAUUAAGUCUCAUUUAAGAGUAGCAGACGACCAUCGAGUUUGGAAAGUUUUACCACUUCAUUAUUCUUCAUUUAUUGUACUUCUGAAUAAGCUUGAAAACGACACAUGAAUGGAAUACGUCGUUGGUACUAAAGUGCCAUUGCAACGUGUGACUGUUACGCCUUUCGCUGUAUCCACGUCUGAAAGUAAUGUGAUUGCUGCCAUUACCCUACAAGGCGUUCAUUUGUUUGAGGUUGUAGCCGCCGUCAAUAGGAAGGAGGCUUUCAAGUUCGACCACAGGAUCAUUACCACCCCGACAGAAAUCAAUGAAAUCCAAAACAACGGUAACCAGCGGGCAGCGUUGAAUCGCGAUAUCCAAUUUCAAGAAAUUCACGAUGUCUUCCUCGACAGGACACUGUCAGCUGGUCGAACUACUGACGAACCUCUGAGCACCGCGUUUCGCCAAGUUGCUUGGUCGCCUUCCGGAUUGAUUCCAUUUCGGAAAUGCAUUCUGGCUACGGUGACAGCAGAUCAUAGGGUCACUCUGUAUCGAAACGGCUGUUGGGCGUGGGAGGAUAUCGACCAGCUUUCUUCUCGUUGGUUGCAACAGAUGAAAGAUAACGAUGUGUUGACAUCGAGCCAGGUGGCGGCCGAACCAGGCCACAGUCUGGUUUUUACGCUCCACAAAAAUCGAUCCUACAUUCUGGGAACUAUGGCUUUGGCCUGGAGUUCAUUGUACACGGAAGACACGACGAACUAUGCUUGGUUGAUCAUGUUGCAGCGCAGUGGCCAUAUCGUGAUUUGGAAGGCACAGACUCCGUUUACAAACGUCUCAUUUUCUGCCUACCACGAUUUACAGAUAGUCGAUCCCUCCAUCGUCAAAGUCCAUCCAGGACCUGCUGAAAAUCAGAUGCUAUUGUUUGCUGGAUCUCACCGUGGCCAAGUAAAGUGCUGGACACUCUCCUGGGACCGUGAGAAUGCUCCGAGUUGCAAUUUUCUGGGUGCCAUCAUUCCUGAUGAAGAUCACAUACCUGUCAGUGCCAUCGAAAUAUCAAAUUCCAACGAUUACCUUGUCGUCAGUGUGACAAAGAAUAACGCUGUCGUGGCCGUCUCUGUCAAAUGCGACGGAAACGGACUGCAGUGCGUCGACACCAAAUUUGUUUUACUUCCCGGCGUGCAGCUAGCAGGAUUGUCGAAAUUGGCUGGAGGGAAGAUUUUGUGCGUCACGGAAGAUUAUUUCUUGAACGAAAUCGAUUUAACCAUUAACACGGAAGGUGUUUUCAACGGAUUAGAAGUGACCCAAAUAACAAUCCCAUCUAAUCCAGUCAUGUUGUGCCGCGGAAUAGCUACAUCCUGGUCUGGUGAUGGUUCAACACUCUUCGUGCUCGAGAGUGUCAAAGUGGCUUAUGAUCACCUCAAGUGCCGUCAACCUAGCAGCCUAACUGUUUACGUUGGUAGCAACCUGGAAAAAGUUACCUAUUGCCUACAAAAUGCAGAGAGCAUGGAACAGUCUUUGAUAGCUUUAGAAACCUACAAGGCUCUCAAUGGAUCCAACUGGGAAAGCAUUUGGGAAAUGGACCUGGAAAAUUUGAAUUCCGAAGAUGAUUACUACGUACAACUGCUCAGAUGGUUUGCGCUAUUUAAAUGCAAUGCCUGUUUCGUUGAACGGCGCUAUGAUAAAGAUUUACAAGACGAUUUGAAAAUGCGGGCAGAUAAGGCCGAGUUUUGCCUCCAGUUGCGCCACAUCGAGAAGAUGUUUCAAAAAAUUCUUGUUAAUCGACCGGAUGGGAAACUAAGUGCCGACGAGCGUCUCAACGUUUCCCUUGCCUACCAGUUUGUGAACACGCCUAUCGUCGCCGAAUCAAACACGAAAUUGGAUCAAACUCUAGUGGAAAAGAUAAAGGCAACGUUUCAGAUAAAACCAAAGCCACCCAAAGAAGAAUGUCUGAUCUGUCAAAAGCCAAUCCCUUUCGAGAAACGUGAAGAUGGGCAGUGCUCUAGCGGGCAUAGAGCCCUACGUUGCCGGGCUACAUUACGAACUUGCUUCGACAACACUCUCUGCUGUCGUUGGUGUGGAACUCAUUAUCAUCUUGAUUCAGGGCUGGAUUGCUGCAUUCUCUGCGGUGGAUCGUUGGAUUCAAGAAGUAUAAGCUUGUGAUAAUUCAGUUCAAAUUCGAUUGAUUCUUUGAUUGAAAAUUUCAUUAAACAACUGGAUACCCUUUAA